CUGCUGCAGCACAAGGAGUGUGGAGCUCUCCCUGUCUCUCCCAGACUCGUAGCUCUCCAGUCUGCUCGCAAUGCAAUGGGAUCCUACAGUACAGUUUGAAAGAGACUGACUUAUCUUCAGGAGCCAGAGGGAAUAGCAGGGGCGUCUCUCCAGGUACCAUGGCAUCUUAACAACAGCAAGGUAAAGUGGUGUCUUGAGAAGGUGCAGUGAAUUCUGUAGUUUGCUCUGCCCAAGAGGUCAAUCCGAACAAGGCGACACAGAACUGACGACAGCAAACGAAGAGCGCCUGGACCAUCAACGUCCUGUUAGGAGGAACUGUGGGAGCAAUCCAAACAAGUAACCAGAGACAUUUCCAUUUCAGAACACUGUGAGGCGGGACAGCAGAAAGAAAGUGAAUCACAGUUCCAGAGUUGGUACAGGACGCUCGAGCAAAGAUAACAACAAUGGUGGCAACUGAAGACUCAAAUUGACAGCUGAAAUUGAUGUAGAGAUAAUCGUGUGCUGGCACUAGGGAGUGAAGGUUGUCAAUGUGUUUAGAAGACAUAAGCCUAGACUGUUGUAACUUCUAGUGUCCACACUGACUGAAUUCACUGAGCAGUGAUUGCACUAUAGAAGCAAAGGCAGAACCAGCCGAUCUCUUCUUCUGUUUGUGACGCAUCAUCACUAGGAUGACUCCUCUAAUGGUGGUGUACCCAUUUUCACUGAUACCCCGUGUGAGCAAAGAGCAGGUCUGCUAGUGCUCACAAACUAUAAAGCACCUUCUCUUUCUCAAAAGGAGUGUAUUCUUCAGAUGCAAGCCCUUCUGGCUUUCGACUAUAAAAUACAAAAUCCUUACUUGGUCCACACUAUGUGAAAUAACUGCAAAUUGUUGAGUCUGCUGAGAAGAAUAUUCAGACCAUAUUCAGACAUUUCACUUCUAAGGUGUCUUCUUUUCUAUUCCUAACCUGGGUCAUAUCAUGGGUGGAAUUCAGUGAACCCACUUUUUUUUAAAUUGCAUCCGUGGUUUAUUUGUUUUCCUGGAAUAGCAUUAGAAGCUACUCAACCAACAGAACUGGCUUUGUUCCACCUGCCUGGAAAUCACAAUACACCUACAUAGGGGCUCCUUAUGGUUUAGAUCACACGAUAGUCCCGGAGUGGAUUUUGGUUUCUAUUCCUUCACGCAGAUUAUAGAUCUUCAUUUUGGACCUGAACAGAUGCGUAAUAUUUGUCCAUCUCAAUAACUAUUGUACUUAUGAAUUCAAGAUGCAAAAUACUACUGGAUACAAGAUCCUCAAGGACUGUGAAAGACCUCCCUUCAUUGUUUGUGUAUUCCACACAUGCUUCAGUCCGAACAUCACCUUUUCUAUGGAUAUUUUUAACACUAAUUUCCACUAAUUAUUGGUGAUUACAAGUGAUUACCAGUGAUUAAAUGUGAUUAACGAUAAUUAAUGGUAAUUAACGGAUAAUUGACACUGAAGGAAAUAUAAAUGAUUUACUCCCCCCUAACAUGGUAGAUACAAACAGAACACCACAAAACCUUGAGCACAGAUGAAGGCAAUAGCAAAAACAUUUGUCUUGACUUUCUUAUAAUCUUUACCUCGGUGAAAGAAAGGGUCUUUUAAAUUCUUCUCAGUAAAAAAAAAAAAAAAAAAACUUUCCCAGAAAAAAAGACUGUGUUGUAGAUCUGGUUUUAGCUUGACUAGGUCCAGGAAGUUAAAUUGACCACUUUCUCUCUCAUUAAGUGCUGGACUCAAUGUAGGUUUGGGAAGAGGUUUAGUGAUGGCUCUACCUGGGAGGUUGGGGACUGAAGCCCUGCUGCUGCUGCUACUGGCGCUCCAACUGCACUUCGGCCUAGUCGUCUCUAUGGUAACAAAGACCAAUUUGGCUCAGGACAGGCCAGAGGAAGGCGAGUCGAUGUCUCACGAACGCGUGAAGCGAGGCUGGGUGUGGAACCAGUUCUUCGUUGUGGAGGAAUACACAGGGACGGAACCUCUCUACGUAGGAAAGAUUCACUCGGAUUCUGACGAGGGGGAUGGCUCAAUCAAAUACACAAUCUCAGGGGAAGGCGCUGGCACCAUUUUCAUCAUCGAUGAGAUUACGGGGGAUAUUCAUGCCACCGAGCGAUUGGACCGUGAAGAGAAGACCUUCUACACACUGCGCGCCCAGGCCAGGGACCGGCUCACUGACCGCCCGCUCGAACCCGAGUCUGAGUUCAUCAUCAAGGUCCAGGACAUCAAUGACAGUGAGCCCAAAUUCCUGGAGGGGCCUUACAUUGGGAGUGUCCCGGAGCUGUCACCCAUCGGGACAUCAGUGAUGAAGGUAACCGCCUCCGAUGCAGAUGAUCCCACAUACGGGAGCAGCGCACGGGUCAUAUACAGCGUACUGGAGGAGGAGAAGAUCUUCACUGUGGACAGCAAGACCGGGAUCAUUCGCACAGCUGUGGCUGAACUGGACCGAGAGACGCAGGAUCGCUACGAGCUGGUCAUCAAAGCAACUGACAUGGCGGGGCAGAUGGGCGGGCUCUCAGGAUCCACCACCGUUACCAUAGUGAUCACCGACGUCAACGACAGCCCCCCACGCUUCCCACAGAAGAUGUACCAGUUCUCUGUGUCCGAGUCUGCAGCAGUGGGUACCCCAGUUGGCAGGGUGAAGGCGGAGGACGCUGACAUGGGCGAGAACACGGAUAUGAGCUACCUGAUUAAAGACGAGGAGGGGGCCGAGCUGUUCAGAGUCAGCACUGAUGGGGACUCCCAAGAGGCUAUCAUCACUGUCAGAAAGCCCCUGGACUAUGAGAACAAGCGAACGCACAAUGUGGUGGUGGAGGCAGUGAAUAAGCACGUGGACCCUCGCUUUGUAGACCUGGGGUCAUUCCGAGACCAGACCAUCGUGAGGGUCAGCGUGACGGACUGGGAUGAGCCCCCACAGUUCCGGCCACCUGCCGCGGUGCUGGAGGUGCAGGAGGACGCGAGGUUGGGGGCUCUGGUGGGGGUCGUGAAUGCAGUGGACCCUGACCUGGACAAUGCUCCUGUGAGGUACUCUAUAGACCAGGGCACAGAUCUGGAGAACAUAUUUAACAUUGACUCCAUCACUGGUGCCCUCACCCUGGGCAAGAUCCUGGACCGGGAGACAGCAGGCUGGCACAACAUCACUGUACAGGCCAUGGAAGCAGAUAACCCCUCUCAGGUGUCCAAGACGUCUGUCAGCAUCCGAAUCCUUGAUGUUAAUGACAACCCACCCGAGCUGGCAGCUCCUAACGAAGCGUCUAUCUGUGAGGAUGCGAAACCUGGCCAGCUCAUCCACACUAUCAGUGUAGUAGACAGAGAUGAACCGCAGACUGGGCAUCGAUUCUACUUCACUCUCGCACCUGAGGCAGCCAACAACCGACACUUUAAGCUGUGGGAUGUCAAGGACAACACGGCGGGAAUCCGAACCCAGCGGGCAGGCUUCAACCGGCAGGAGCAGAACGUCUACCUGCUGCCCAUCCUGGUGGUGGACAGUGGCCCCCCCGCCCUGAGCAGCACUGGGACGCUGACCAUCCGAGUGUGUGGCUGUGACACCGAUGGGACCAUCCAGACCUGCAACACCACAGCCUACGUGAUGUCAGCGGCGCUGAGCCCCGGCGCACUCAUCGCUCUGCUGGUCUGCAUGCUCAUACUCAUCGUGCUGGUGUUGUUGAUCCUAGCUCUGAAGCGACACCGGAAAGGCCACCGGAUGUCAGAGGAUGAGGAGGACAUGCGCGACAACGUGAUCAAAUACAAUGACGAGGGUGGCGGCGAGCAAGACACCCAGGCUUACGACAUGAGUGCCCUGCGCAGCCUGUACGACUUCCCCGAAGUCAAGGGGGGCGACUCGGGGCCUGAUCUUCACUCCCUGCCCCAGUGGAUACAGGACCAGAGCCAGGGCGACCCGAACGACUCGGCCACAGCGUCAGAUUUCUCCAUCUUCCAGAGCUACAUCUGCAAGAAGGUGGAGCAGGCAGACACAGAUCUCUACGUCCCACCAUACGAUUCCUUUCAAACGUACGCCUUCGAGGGCUCCAGCUCACCAGCACUCUCCCUGAGCUCCAUCCACACUCUCUCUAACACAUCCGAGCAAGACUUUUCAUACCUAAGUGACUGGGGGUCGCGCUUUCGACAGCUUGCGGGGCUGUACAUAGUGGGGCAUAACGAGGAAGAAGGCUCCUAGCACCCUGCCCCCACUAAAAACAAACUAAAAUAAUGAUAGAGUGAUACUAAACUUAAACACCCCCCACUCCGUCCUGGCAAACCCUUUUUGUUAUUAAAAUUGUUAUUAUUAUUGGAAUUUCUAUUCACAGGUUGCUGUUGUUCUUGUUAAUACAGCACUGGGUUGCAAAUGGCGGUCAAGCCCGUAAACCACAACAAAAGGAAAUUUUGCCCCAAGCAAUGAAGUUCAGAAGUAAGCCAGAUAUGGAUGAAGCUCAUAUGGAAGAAAUGACAAUUGACAUUUUUUUGUAAGUCACAAAAAUGUGUACUUUUGAUAAAAGACGCUGUUUAUCAUUUUUAUGAGCAUGCUCUCACUUUGGAAAAACAAACCUGGAAAAAAGAAUCGCACAACCGCCAAAUAUCCAAAAUGAGGAUGUAUGUAUUUAUUUAUGUAUUUAUUUAUGUAUUGUACAUGUUUUUCAAUUUUGAGGAGAACCUUGCCAUUAUUCUCAUUGUGACGCAACACUGGGAAUAAAACAACAAAAAACUAAAGAAAAUCUGUAAGACGAUACUGUGAAUAGGUAUGAAAAAUCAUUCUUCUUUUGUACUGUAAAGGUGAAAUUGAGUUUAUUCACUAUAGUUUCUGUAAAGAUUCUACUGGGAAAAUAGUUAAAAAAAAAAAAAAAAAAAAAAAAAAGUAUUUUCGUUUUUUUAACCUGAAAUUGUGGUGAACUGAAGAACAAACAUUUUUUGUAAACGUCUUUUAAAAUAUAUAUAUUAUUAUUACAUGGCGAUACAAAUACAGCUGUGGCUGGCAGUUUAUGGACUUCAUGCUUCAAAAAAGGACAAGGUCACAGCAUUGCUUCAUUGUUGAAUAAGAAACUAAAGCUGCACUUCCUUGGCUAAUGCCUUUAUCAGAGCUGUAGGCUAAACAUCUGUCUAUUUUACUACUAAGAGUUUUACCGAAGAACAAGCGGUCAGAUGUUCCUGUCAACACUUUUUUUGUUUUCAUUGCUUUCAAUAUUGUGUUAAACAUGAGUAAAUCUAUGAUAUGUCUUAACAUUUGAUAAAGGCAUUAGCCGAAAUGCGUGUCACAACUUAACUUGGUAUAAUCUUUAAUUUACUCUGAAUCAUGAAUGAGUGUUUGAAGUCAAUGUAUUCAUAUUUUUUGUUUGUUGUAGGAUUUAGAAAUCUUGAAGUCGUUUGAAAACAGAUGCUGUUUCUUACAGAAGGGAAAAAGGUUAUAUGGUAUAUUGCAGCAAUAACCAGAGAUACUGUGUGUGAAACGCACAGCAGCACCUUGUUUGAUAGAGAAUCAAUGUGUUUGUUUAUUGGGUCCUUCACACGACUCUUCCUGACUGACUUUGUUCCAACCACACCUGUGCCUCAUUGUAUUUUUGUUUUUUUUUCUCAUUCUCAGUACUGAUAUGAAUUACAUGUUGAUUUGAAGAUGUAUUUAAAAUAAAAUUAAGUUCAUACAAGAUUUUUUUUUUUGUGGAUUGUGGGUUGUCAAAAUGGCGUUAAACAGAAAUGGUGGUGAGAGAGAGAGAGAGAGAGAGAGAGAGAGAGAGAGAGAGAGAGAGAGAGAGAGAGAGAGAGAGAGAGAGAGCACUGAAAUGUGGUACAUAGAGUUGUCACUUGAUGUACUCCAUAAUGACACUGUGUCCCAUAGGGAGCAGUGUGCUUGAUUAAGUUACAGAAAGUUGCAUUACCGACCCUCUGCUCUCUAUAAAAGGUAGAUCUUAAAGUAAUUGUAGCUAAUAAAAUAAUUCAUACAUCAAAGUAAUGUUGUACUUCCAUUAACUACAUAUGCUUCAAAUGUUUAGUGCAACACUGUGGAGUAGUGGUUAGGGCUCUGGACUCUUGACCACCGGGGCGUGGGUUCAAUCCCAGGUGACGGACACUGCUGCAAGGUACUUUCCCUAGAUUGCUCCAGUAAAAACCCAACUGUAUAAAUGGGUAAUUGUGCGUAAAAAAAACAAUGUAAUUGUAUAUAAAAAGAUAAAUAAAUAAAUAAUAAAAAAUGUGAUAUCUUGUACCAAUUGUAAGUCGCCCUGGAUAAGGGUGCCUGCUAAGAAAUAAAUAUUAAUGUUCAGUUUUGAAAGAAACCUAUGUAGGUAUUUCCAUUUUAA